AUGCUUGAUCACCAGAAAUUCGAAAAGCUUAAACUAAACGACAAAGCGGCGCCUGCCAAACCUGUACGCCGUCGACAGCGGCAGACUCUUUCGUGUCUCCCCUGUCGCCGGCUCAAAGUAAAAUGUGAUCGUGGCCAUCCCUGUCGCCAUUGCGUUUGGAGCGACAGAGCCGCAAGCUGUCGCUAUGCACCAUUCCCAACCGCGCAGUCGAACGGUGCAACGUCGUCGGAUGAAGACCAGUGUGGCAAAUCAAGUCAAUCACCUCUAGCACCAAUUGACAAAUCGAAACCUGCACUUAUUUUACCCAAGACAGAGCCAGAUAUUUCUGUAUUCUCUGUAUCGUCACCGGCGAUGACUACGACGUCGUCCAAGAGUGAAGAGUCUAUAAAAUCAUCAUUCGCUGACCCGUAUAAUAGCUGGAACUCCAAAUUCCGAGGGUCAACACAUUGGCUCACAGUUUCCCGACAGAUUCAAUAUGGACACAAGUCCUUGGAACUUAACCCACUCUUUCAGGUUCUGGAAGACGUGUUCCACAAGAUCACAAAUAAUGUUCAAGCUUCCAUAUUCCAUUCUAAUUAUCCAUUUGGAAGCGGAUACUCAGAGCACGCCCCUAGUAAGAGAGAGGUUCUGAGCUUCAUACCGGAUCGCCCGACAGUCGUGUUUUUGAUUGGCGUUUAUAUGAAUACGAUAGAGAGGACUCAUCCGAUGCUCCAUCCGCCAACGUUCUACGAAGAACUGAAUAGAUUCUGGGAAGAUCCGGCGGCAGUAGAGGAUGACUGGUUGGCACAAUUGCUCGUCAUGUUAGGACUAAGUCAUCACAUGUCGCGAGGUGUCAACAUAACCUCAGAUGAAGAGGCAACAUUGAAGAAGUACUUUCGCGGUGCCGAAACAUGUCUCAAGAACACGCUUUUUCUGAUAGCUCCGAACCCCGUCUCGUUGCGAACUCUGUGUAUGAUGGUAUUGGCCAGACGCAUCCUUGCGUCCAGUUGUCUCGAGCUUGAUGCAUGCGGCCCUCUAAUGGCUAUUAUUUUGAGAUCGGCUAUUGGAAUUGGUCUCAACGUAGACCCUCAAAAUGACAUCAGCGACAGUACCACAUUGUUUGACAGAGAAUCACGCAGAAAACUGUGGACGACUAUUGCAUUGAUGGGAACGAGCGUCUCGGUCUUGACGGGGACGCCAUUCGCACUUCGAUCGUCUGAUGUCAAUACUCAGCCGCCUAUGAACUUGAACUAUACAGAUUUGAGUGCUUCUCUUCAAGACUACCCCAUCGCACGACAACCUACAGAAUUUACGGACUCUACGUUCUCUAUCAUCGUGGCACAGGCGUUUCAACUUGCUUUUGACACAGUGGCUCAUGCGAACUCGCCAUCUACACAUCUCCCGUAUGAGGACGUCCUCAUUUACAGCGUUAAAAUUAAGAAUUUGCUCCUGGAAACAUCCCAGUUAUACCACCAAUCUGGACCAGUUCCACUAGAAGACUGGAAGCAGGAUCAACUAUUCAUGCUGGAAAUAUAUCUACGGCGCAUUCUACUUGCACUUCACUCCGUGUACGGCCUGCGACCAAACGCCGACGUGGAGUACCCAAUCUCAUAUUGGUCUACGCUGGAAUCCGCCUUGGCUCUACUUGUUAUCCAGAGGCAGCUUUCAGAAGACUUAAACAGUCCUGAGGGUCGAGUGUGGCUGGGCGAAUAUUACAAACACGACUUUUACGCCGCAACAUUGACGAUCUGUCUGAUUGUGACUCGCAACGAUGCUCUAGCCAUGGACAUGAAAUCCAACGGGUCAUCACAAACCAACAUUGAGAUUCCGCAACGCGAAACGAUUCUUCAAACUUUGAUUGUCUGCCGCGAAAUCUGGGCACGCCGAAUUUGCCAGACAUACUGCCAUUUCCUGUCCCACCUGAACCUGGGAACUAUCAUUGGAAGCAUGGUGACUUUGAGAGGCAAGCAUAAUGGUACGUGUCUCGAGGUGUAUAGAGAGAGUCUCCGCGAUAGUCUUCGUAUGUUGAAGAACUGUCCCUGUGGGAAUUGUGCGAUUGAUGCGACUAGUGUGAAGGGAUCGUUCUUGAAUCAUCCUGAAUAUCUAGCAGUCUAG